GCCAGUGCAGACGCCCCGAUUCCCCCCCCUGGCGCGCACGGAGCCCCCCAGCCCCGAGGAUGCUCACACUUGAAUCGGCACCGUUCGAUGGGUCCCACUAUGGAUAUACGUUCCCCGAAGGCAGCUUGUAUGACCUGGACUCCUGCAAACAGACCCCGAGCUUCCCUCACUACCUGAUCGACGCCGAGGGCCCCACAGACCCUGUUGUGAACUGGCUGGAGCUGCAGGAUCUUGGCUACGAGGCCUUCGAUUCGGGGCAGCUGGCCCCACUGCAGAAUGUCCAGGUCUCCUACACGCAUGGUCCCUACCCACAGCUCUCGCUGGAGGCCGUCUACAGCCUGGAGGGGGCGCCGCCAGCCCAGAGCCACCUGCCGCUGGACGACUACAGCGCCCAGCCCUGUGCCCCCUACGGGCCCUGCCCCCCAUCCGGCGCCCUGGCCAGCCCCCCGGUCUCCGAGGAUGAGGAGUUCCCCCUGGAAAGCCCGGCCCUGGAGGUGUCCGACAGCGACUCGGACGAGAACCUGUCGCCAGAGGGGUCGCCCGGCUACGAGGCGGGCUCCCGGCGGAAGUUACGACUCUACCAGUUCCUGCUGGACCUGCUGCAGCGCGGCGCCAUGCGGGAGUGUGUGUGGUGGGUGCAGCGUGAGGCCGGCGUCUUCCAGUUCUCCUCCCAGCACAAGGAGCUGCUGGCCCACCGCUGGGGGCAGCAGAAGGGCAAUCGCAAGGCCAUGACCUACCAGAAGAUGGCCCGGGCCCUGCGCAACUACGGCAAGACGGGCGAGGUCCGCAAGGUGAAGAAGAAAUUGACCUACCAGUUCGGCCAGGCCCUGCUGGGGCUGCCGGGCGCCCAGGCCCCCUCGUAGGGGGCCAGGCCCCCCGGGCGGCGGGACUGGACAGUGCACUGAGCGGCCCCGGGGCCCUGUGAACAGGCCGCCCUCCCCUCCCCCCCCCGGCCCCCCGAAAGCCACCCCACCGAGGUCUCCCCCAGGAGCCA